UGAGGAAAGCUAACAGAGCCUGAGUUCACCUAGAGCUAAUUGGCAAGUUUUCUUCUUCUGUGGUUUUAGGUUUAUUGGCGAUUGGCCCGCAAACUAAUUGUUGCGUCACCGCCACCAGCUGGUGUGGAGCGUGUGUUUUGAUUAAAUGAAUAAAAGAACAAACAAAACAACAGGCUGUCAUCUUCACUAAAAAAAGCAACGUUUUAGUGGACAUCGUCCCAAGUUAAUGGUAAAUUCCCAACAAUCUCAACAAUCCCAACAAGCACAACGUGACGUUUAAAAAACUCAAAUCUCGUUCAAAUGUCAAAUCUCGCCCCCGCCCAUGAAAAUAAAAAAAUCCCACGACCGGUAACACGAUCCUCGAAACAUCCGCAACAAAAAAGACAGAAGAAAGAAGAGGAAGAAGCGGAAGGCAGGAGCGGGCCGAUGAGGCUGGUGGCCAAGCCCUGCGCCCACAUACUUCACAUCCAGGCGGGAGUGCCCCGGCGAGCUCAGCCCAACGCCGUCCUGGAGAAGGUGUUCCAGUCCAAAGCGUGUCCGGACACGAGGCAGCUGGAGGGGCUCUCCAAGCAGCUGGACUGGGACCAGCGGAAGAUAGAGAGAUGGUUCCGGGUGCGUCGGAACCAGGACCGGCCCGGCAUGCAGAAGAAGUUCUGCGAGAGCAUGUGGCGACUAACGUUCUAUUUGGGGAUUUUCAUCUACGGCGUUCGACAUCUGUGGGUGUCGCCCUGGAUGUGGGACACCAGAAAGUGUUGGUACAACUACCCCUUCCAGCAUCAGAGCUCCCAGCAGUUCAGCCACUACGCGGCCGAGCUGGCCUUCUACUGGUCCCUCAUGUUCUCCCAGUUCAUAGACGUGAAACGCAAGGACUUCAUCAUCAUGCUCGUCCACCACCUCGCCACCAUCUUCCUCAUCACCUUCUCCUACGCAAACAACAUGCUGAGGGUCGGCACGCUGGUCAUGUGCGUGCACGACGCGUCUGACAUCUUUCUCGAGGCGGCCAAGCUGGCCAACUACGCCAAGUACCAGCGGCUGUGCGACGGCCUGUUUGUGGUGUUCAGCGUCAGCUUCUUCAUCACGCGACUCGUCAUCUACCCCUUCUGGGUGGUCUACAGCGUGCUGGUGGAGAGCUGGGAGAUCGUGGGGCCGUACCAGUCCUGGUGGCUGCUCAACGGGCUGCUGCUGGUGCUGCAGACGCUCCACGUCAUCUGGUUCUACCUCAUUGCCCGCAUCGCCAUCAAAGCCGUGUUCAAGGGGAAGGUGGCGAAAGACGACCGCAGCGACGUGGAGAGCAGCUCGGACGAGGAGAUUUAUUCCACCUGCAGUAAAAACCAGAGCGAGACGCUCAAAGCGAAGGACAUCGGUCACACCGGCAACCUCAACGGAGAAGCCCACGACCGCUGAGCACCACGAGUGUGGCUUUUAAUCCCCAAAGGUUUGCUGAAUGGCAGAAACGGAGCGUGGACUUAAGACCGAGAGCGUAAAGUAUUCCCUCACUUUGUGGAAUAAAGACGCCUUACUGAGAGGGGUUUACACUGUGUGAGGUUUACACUAAACGUGUGUGUGUGUGUGUGUGUGCGCGUGUGUGUGUGUGUGUGUGCGUGUGUGUGUGUGCAAGCUGGACAUGAAAACGGAGCAUGUAAACACUGCUUUUUGUCAAAAUGCAUUUUCUACAUGUAAAUACGUUUUUAUUUGUGAAAUUGGUAAUAUAUUUACAGCUGUAAAACAAAUCACUGCAAUCUGCCUUAAAUCGCUUAAGGUCCCGUAAUCGAAAUCCAUCUUAGAAUGCCAAAGAUUUCUUAAUAAAACAUUAUUGUACCAAAUUUAGCAAUGAAUGUGAAGGAUUCGUGCAAAUGACAAUUAUUCGUCUGCCUGAUUAUUUAAGCUUUAUCCAGACAACAAAGCCCAAAAAAGUAAUUGUUAAAUUUAUUAUAUUUCUUGCAUUGUCAAAUAAAAGGUCCAUACUACAAAA